UGGCAUUGACCAGAGGCAGUGUCACUAGAAAAACGAGCCAGGAAGAUUCUUCCACCGAGUGGAUCAGCUGAUCAUGACUAAGAAUUCAUCAAAAGACCCCGUCGAAUUUCCCUUCUUGCUUAAAGGACCAGAGCUGCAAAUUCACCUACCGGUUUCACAACGUCAUGAGAAACAGUUUCGCAUACUCUUGUAGUUCCCGAUAACACAAUCUGGUUUAGGAUACAUAGCUUGAAUUGAGUCGUUCAUGAAGACAAAUUCAUGUGUGACGAACUCCGCCAGAUCACAAAGAGAUUUCCAUGACUCGCCCGGAAAGCAUCCCAUAUUUUUAAACCAUGAGUCCACGACUUGAGAAACAUUCACCGUCACACACUGGGCGGUCCCCGUCUCACUCCUCAGAGGAUGGAGGUUCCCGCUUCGCCUUCGUAACCGAGGGCACCUUGGCUGAAGCUCGCAGUCAUGCAAUGCGGGAGCAUUGGAGGCAGCGCCAACGGCGCAAGCAAAAAUCAGAAGAUCGCCGAACCCAGAGGAAAAUAUUGCCUCACACAAGCCCCGUGGAGAAUAGUAAACCGAAGCCAAACCGCGCUUCUGAACCAGUAGUUGACUAUCAUUGUACCGAGGAUGUGUUCCUACUGCACCAGCCCAGUCCGACUCGUAUAAAGACCAGAUACUCGGAUUACGGCGAAGAAAACACCGAAGCCCAGCAUGCUGGGGUGCCAAUACAGGCCUUAACUGGACUCAACCACGCCCUCGCGUCUUCCAGGCUCGACCCCUUUGAGAUGUUUCCGGUUCAAUUGACAAGUAAACAUCACAAAUUGCUCCAUCACUGGCUAAUUACCCACGCGACUAUGAUGUUCGAAGAUGUCGCCAUUCCGAGCUUCAACCCGAUGAAAGAUGUUUGGUUCCCCCUGGAUCUCUCCAACGCUGCUUCUUUCUAUGGUAUUAUGGCCCACUCAGCAGCUCAUCUGGACCAUCUCUACGCGGGAAUGAACCCUUCAAAAGGAACCGUCUCUGCCGAUGCGUUGAAGUAUAAAUCAGAGGCAGUGAGCAUACUCUCUACAUGGAUGGCCGACCCAGAGAAAUCGCUGAGUAACGAUGCCUUUGCUGCUGUUAUUCGGCUUUUAACAUUUGAGAGAUACUGGGGGACGGAAGAGGAGUGGAUGGUGCAUCGCACUGGCCUUCAAAGAAUGAUUGACGCACGGGGUGGUAUUGAUAAACUGCACGAUAAUUGGCGGCUGGAGCUUGUCGUUUAUCUUGUCUCCUUAAUGUCCAAACCAACGUGGUUCGCGUCGUCGAACAACAUAUCAGAAAUAUCCGAACAGUCCUUCCACAAUGCCGCGAAAGCAGCAUUAGUGGAUACACAGAAAGUCCGCUGCCUAUGGCUGAUAUCAUUCAUCCAGGACAUGCGAACUCUCAUGGCAUUUUCAUCUCGGCUAUAUAUGGACGGUCUUGCGUCUUACCCCUCUCUGUACGAUGCCGUUUUACUCCUACGGUCGAAUUUCCACCUAGCCAACGAGAGUCCUCCCCAGACUGCCAGUUUUCCCUCCGACUACGAUAGACUGGCUUGCCUAUUCUCCAUCUGCAUAACGAUGCAAGAAUCCAUAUCCCGCUCGCAUGUCACGGCAGCGUUACCCGCGCCUGAGAUUCAUAACGACAUGGCAUUACUGGAUGUGGCUCUUGCAACCUCGCGAAACGUAUGGGAAACAUCAGUGUACAGUCUGCGUGCAUUCCUGCAUCACCACUUCGUGGCAUAUCACCCAGACGGAGCCGCGAAGAUCGACUAUGUCAUGAAGAUGACGGACGUUCUGGGCCAUCUGAGUCUUGAGGCACGUAGGGGUGUCGAAAAGUGUCUUUUGAAUAUGCUGUGUCGUGCACAGGAGGGCAAGCUAUUUUUCUUAGCUGAUGAUAGCUGGACUCCUGAUUCGCUGCUGUCGUCUGUGCACGGCCAGUAAUUUUUUGUGGUCUUUCUUUCCUUUUUUUUCUGUUUUCAUGCUUUCUUCGAGCUGACUGCU